AAAUAAAAGCACUAUAAUAUGAAACUAUUCAAAACAACAAAACUAUACUUAUUCCAAAUUUCAAUAAGAUUAACUUUAUCAUAUGAUUAAGCAUGAAUCUGUAACUUAGGUUAGUGUCAUUCUUAAAGUUUACAAUUAUAAAGUGAUAGAAUGUUGUUAGUGAUGCUUCAAAAACCUACUAGAGUCAUUCAUUUCACAAAAACCAAUGUCUAGAUAUUUUAGGUCUUGCUAUAUUAGGACUUUGUAACUGUAAAAUAGUGACAUCUGCUUCUACACAUAUAUAACACAGACAACAUUUAUUGCUACAUUACAUCAUUUACAAAUUUCCUAUUUCUCUUAUGAAACCAAGGUUUUAUCACCUAUAUAAAAAGAAAAUCUUUGCAUAUUUUCCUUCCAUAUGGAUCUUCUGAGAUCAGAAAAAUAUUCAUCUGAUAAUUUCAACACUUCAUUUUCUCAAAAUCCGAUACCUAAACCGAUAGAAAAUGAAGAGAAAAAACAACAAUAUCCAAACUUUCUACUAGAUCUAAGUCUCCCUAAAGAUUCAGGUGAUGAUGAAUCAAAGCAAGAACUCAAUCUCAUUAACUGUUUCGAUACGGAUACAUCGAUAUCCAUGAACUCAUCCUCAGAAUCUAAUCAUGGUAAUGAAUUAGAGGCAAGGAUUUUCUCAUGCAACUAUUGCCAAAGAAAGUUUUAUAGUUCACAAGCACUAGGAGGACACCAGAAUGCACACAAAAGAGAAAGAAGUAUGGCGAAAAGAAGAUACAAAAAUGGUGUUGAUGCAUCAGUUUCACUAGAUUUUGGAAACAGGUACUCAAGCAUGGCUUCUCUGCCUCUGCAUGGCUCAUAUAACAGAUCAUCAUCAUCACUUGGAAUUCAGGUGCAUUCUUCUAUGAUUAACAAACCUUGUUUUCAAGCGCCUUUUUUCGGUUUGUCUCGUUCGAGUGUUCAAAAGCAGUGGCAGAAGCAAUCACAAUCUACAAUUGGAAAUAAUAUUGAUGUUGAAGCAGAAACUCAUGAAUCAUCUAGAAGAUUAGGGAAGUUUUGUCCAACAAAGGUGCAAGAAGGAUUUGGAGGUUACUGGUUUGGUAAUAGUGCUACUCAUUUGAAGACUAAACAAGAGGAGUUGCAGAACCUUGAUUUGUCCCUCAAACUCUAACUCCUAUAUUCAUUGUUGUUACGAUAUGUAGUUACAAACAUCUCUAAAAUCUUUAUAUUGCAGCUUCUAUCCUUCAUAUCAUAUAUUUUUCAUUCAUAUUGAAAUUGUAUCUUAAUUUUCUUUCUUGAUUAAGAACUCAUAUUAUUAAUUUCUCUUUCUUAUACUGGAUUAAAUCUCAGUUUA